AUGGCAUCAAUCAACAUGUCAUAUUUGAACCCCAGAACCGUAAUCUUGAUUGGAAUUCCUGGACUAGAACAUGUGCAGUUUUGGAUUGGGUUUCUUUUCUUUGCUGUGUGCCUAGUGGCUCUUUUGGGGAAUAUCAUUUUACUAAUCAUCAUCCCUACAGAACACAGCCUGCACCAACCCAUGUAUAUCUUCCUGGCUGCGUUGGCAGCCACUGACAUAGGCCUCUGUGCAGCCAUUGCUCCUAAGAUGUUGGCCAUCUUCUGGUUCAGAUCUUACUCCAUGGUCUUUGAUACCUGCCUAGCUCAGCUGUUCUUCAUUCAUGCCUUGCAGUGCAUGGAGUCUGGCAUCCUGUUGGCCUUGGCCUUUGACCGCUAUAUUGCCAUCUGUGAUCCUUUGAGGCACAAAUCCAUCCUUACACUUUCCCUCCUAUGUCGCAUGAUAGUGAUGGUGGCAAUCCGAGCUACAGUGCUGGUUGAUCUGUUACCCAUUGUGAUCAAAAGACUGCACCUUUUCCAUUCCAUUGUAAUUGCCCACUCUUACUGUGAGCACAUGGCUGUGGUCAAGCUGGCUGCAGAAGACAUCCAAGUCAAUAAAACAUGUGGUCUCCUUGUGGGUUUUACAAUUCUGGGAUUAGACAUGAUUUUUAUCCUCAUUUCCUAUAUCCUUAUUUUCCAGGCUGUUUUUUGUCUACAGCAAAGGGAGGCACGCCUGAAAGCAUUUAAUACAUGCACAGCUCACAUUUUUGUUUUCCUUGAGUUUUAUAUUCUUGCCUUCUUCUCUUUCUUCAACCACCGUUUUGGACAUGUUACCCCAUCUACCCACAUCCUUCUGCCUACCAUCUACCUCCUUCUGCCACCUGCACUCAACCCUAUUGUCUAUGGUGUAAAAAAUAGGGUAAUUCGUAAGUGUGUGGCACAGAUUUUUCUUCUGAAUCAGGGAUCCCAGCAGUGA